ACAUUACCCCCUACCUCUGAUGAUGAUACCAACCCAUGGAUUAUCCACCAGCCUAGACAUAGAAAGCGUGCCCCUCCUAACUCUCGUAAUGGACAUAUUGCUGUCCACUGCCCACAACAAGUACCAAAGCGGACCUCUUGCCAGACCAUUUGUACCGAAACUGCCCUGAAAAUAUUUGUCAUACCUGUAGAGCAACUGGACAUAUUGCCGUUGACUGUUCUUUUGGAGCCCUUAAGGAACAGAACCGAAUUUGCCAAUGUGGAUAAACCAAAUAGACCAGAAGACCUACAAGUUCUUAACAAUCAGUUUGUUUGCCGAGGAUGUGUCUCUGACUAUUAUUAUGAACUCCCUCUUGAUGACCUUCAACGUAUAUAUUAUUAUAGCCACGGAGAAGAAUGUGGAACCCUUGUCCAAUGUAAAAUCUGUGGAGAAACUAGACCUACCUCUAAGAUGAAUAAUCUAGAAAGCCUAGAACAAGCCCUUUGGUUUUGUGACCUUGAACACCUCUAUGCUUAUAAAGCAGGACAGGAUGUUCUCUACAAUGCAAAUUAUAAUUUGUGGACCAGAAUCAGACAUUAUACCGAGUCCAACAGGAGUGCUGGAUCUCAGUAUGAAAUGAACCAGACCU